GCAGAAAGAGUUUGACAAGGACAUAUAGAUGUCAACAAACAGUUUUUCAUGGCCAGCAGGUUUGCAAAAUUCUGCUUUUUACUUUCUAACAUCGGAAGAUUUUGGAUAUGAACUAACCAUCUUAAGCACUGGGCUGAACAGAAAACAGAUUUGGACUCUGGAAUUAAACCAUGACGAAACAGUCUACAUGAAGAAUCGAUUUGAACGUUAUCUGACAACUGAUAAGUGUGGAGCCGUGAAAUGUGAAUCUGAGAAACGUAUUGAUGAUGGGAAAUUUAAUGUAGAAUUCUCCCCUGAUGGAUCUGGUAGAUGGGCUUUUAAAAGUGAAAAGUAUGGAAGAUACUUAAGUGGAAUUGAUCAAAAAGUAGUAUGCUCGUCCAGAAAAGUUUCUGAAAAGGAACUGUGGUAUGUUCCAAUGGCUAGACACCCACAAAUCGUUUUAAGCAACAAAAGACGGAAGCGUUAUUUUGGUCUAGUAGGAAAUAAAAUUAUAUGUCGAGAUAGAAUUCCAUGGGGACAAAAUUCAAUAUUUACUUUAGAAUAUCAUAUGGGAAAAUAUUUAAUAAAAACGAGUGAUAAUAGAUAUCUACAUAAAGAUGGUAAUUUAACAGGAUCAAAGGAACCGGGAACACACUUUACAUGGGAACUGAGAGUAAACUCAGAACCAAAGAUUGAAGGAAUUGCAUUUCGGGAUGACGAAGGAAAAUACUUAGCUGGUGUUGGUAGCAUGUCGGCAACUCUCAAAACCGGCAAGAAAACAAUAACAGACGAGGAAAUUUUCCAACUGGAUGACAGUCAUCCCCAAGUUGUAUUUGUGGCACCAAAUGAAAACAACGUAUCGAUUCAAAGCGGUUUCGGACUGUCUGCCAUUACAGAACAGGAAAGUGAAAAGGAAACUUUUCAGAUUGAAUUCGACUAUGCUACCAAAAAAUGGUACAUCAUCACAUCGGAUUAUAAAUACUGGUCUGUUAGCAAGAGCAAUAAAAUCGAAGCAACUUCUGCAAGCCGCAACCCAGAUUGUUUAUUCCAUUUCGAAUGGAUUUGUGGAGCUGUUGCAGUAAUAGCCGCCAAUGGCAAAUACGUAGGCAUACAACCGAAUUGUCAAAUGAUUGCUAAUAGUAGUGGCAUCGGUGCAAAGAAUAUAUUUAGAAUCAAACUCAUCAAUCGACAUAUGUUGGUUUUACAAGGUGAUUAUGGAUAUGUAGGAAAGAAGUCGCCGUCUUCGAAGGAACCGGUAUACUCGUGUAACAAAACAAUGUACGAAGUAUUGCAGCUCGAACAUGGUGACAACGGAGUUUAUUACAUCAAAGGCGACAAUGGCAAAUACUGGAAUCUUAAAAACACUACAAUCUCUCCAACUGGCAUUAACCCGCAACCAUUUAUACUGGAAUUUAUGGGGCAUUGUGUUUUGGCUAUCCGUGCACCUAACACCAAAUAUAUAAAUGGUGAGAAAAGUGGUGGCUUUGAAGCUACCACUCAAGUAAUACAGAAAUCUUGUUUGUGGCGAUUCUAGGCUAUAAAAACUUUUUAUUUUCUCUUCAGCGAUCAGUUUGUAAGGAAUCAGAAACGCAUUCCAAUUUUUCUUGCAUAAAUUGUAUUAAAAUGAUCAAAUUAG